AUGUACGCAGGAGCGUCCAGGCCGUCAACAAAAUCGGAAACGGCUUCGUUGGCAGAGCAAACGGCAAAGGCCUACGCCGUCUUUGGCGGCCAGGGCAACACGACGGAUUAUUUCGGAGAGCUCCGGACUCUAUUCAGGACGUAUACACGCUUUGUUGAGCCUCUUUUCAUCACGGCGGAACAGGCUUUGCACAAUCUGCUGGCCGACACCUCUGCUACCCGGCGGAGACAAUUCCACCAAGGCCUGGCGAUUCUAACAUGGCUUCGCCGGCCCGAAACGACGCCAGAACUAAGUUAUCUCCUCUCGGCGCCAGUCAGCUUUCCCUUGAUCGGCCUCAUCCAGUUUUCAAACUAUGCAGUCGUCUGUCGCUGUCGGGAGAAGUCGCCCGGAGAGGCCGCACAUCAACUGCUCGGCAUGGCCGGACACAGUCAAGGAAUCGUCGUUGCCGCAGCCCUGGCGACGGUGACGACGUGGAAAAGCUUCGAUACUGCUCUUGUCAAAGCAUUGACCGUGUUGUUCCAUGUCGGAUCUGCUGCGCAGGAGGCAACUCCGCACGUCAGCGUUCCACCAGUCAUUUCAAAAGAAGCAAUGUGCAACGGCGAGGGCUACCCUUCAUCAAUGCUGAAUGUCGUCGGCUGCCGUCUUGACAUGCUCAAGGAAUACAUGAACGAGGUGAACAAGAACCUACAAAUGCAUCAACGCGUCUUCAUAGGCCUCAUCAACGGCCAGACCAACUAUGUCGUCUCGGGGCCAGUGCUCUCGCUUUGCGCUCUCGCGUCGAUGCUACGUCGGGUCAAGGCGGCUUCUGACGCAGACCAAUCCAAUAUUGCCUUCUCGUCGCGCAAGCCCGAGUUUUCGCAGCGAUUCCUGCCGGUCGAGGCACCUUUCCAUACGGCGCAUCUUAAAGAUGCGGCGACCCGGGCCCUCGGAGAGCUUUGCACACUACAUCUCGCUGCAUCCGAGCUCAUGUUGCCCGUCUAUCACAGUCGCCACGGAGGAGACCUCAGGAGCAGCGGUGCGAGAGACGUCGUCCCUGCCUUGGUGCGAAUGAUUCUUUGCGAGUUGGACGAUUGGACGCUGUCAACCGCCUUUGGUGACGCCACUCAUGUUCUUGAUUUUGGCCCAGGCGGUCUUUCUGGAGUAGGUCCGUUACUGUACCGCAACAAAGAAGGGUCCGGAGUCAGAGUCAUCUUGGCAGGCCUGGAAGAAGGCGGCUCCGUCGAGUUCGGCUACCGAGCAGAAGCUUUCGCCAGCAAGGCAACCUUUGACGAGACCUGGGCCCAAAAGUACUCGCCGAGCCUCGUCCAAUCGACAAUGGGCACUAUCAAGAUGGAUAACCGCAUGGCUCAACUUUUGGGUUUUCCGCCUGUAAUGGUGGCAGGCAUGACUCCGACUACUGCAGCGUGGGAAUUCGUGAGCGUCAUUAUGAACUCGGGUUACCACGUUGAACUGGCCGCCGGCGGUCUCCACAGCGUCGAGCAGCUGACAAGCGCAAUCACGAGUCUUGUCCAGGCGACGCCGGUUGGCAGAGGAGUAUGCGUCAACGUCAUCUAUGCCAAUCCCAGGCAAGUUCGAUGGCAGAUACCGCUGUUGCAGAGACUACGUUCUCAGGGUGUGCCUAUCGACGGACUCACGUUUGGCGCAGGAGUUCCGUCGAUUGACGUUGCCAAAGAGUACAUGGAGCUCGGAUUCCGCUACCUAUCGUUCAAACCAGGCUCGAGCUACCCCAUAUUGAUGCAAUGGACUGGCGGUCGCGGUGGGGGUCACCAUUCCUACGAAGACUUCCACGAACCCAUACUGAAGCUUUAUGGACGCAUCAGGCGAUGCCCCAACAUUGUAUUGUUGGCCGGAAGUGGAUUCGGCGGAGCAAAGGAUAGCUAUCCAUACCUAUCAGGCACGUGGUCAGCGCCGUUUGGCCGUCCUCGAAUGCCAUUCGAUGGCAUCCUUCUUGGAAGCCGCGUCAUGGUCGCCAAAGAGGCCAAGACGAGUCGAGGCUGCAAAGAAGCCAUUGUGACCGCGCUUGGUGUCCAAGACGAAUCCUCCUGGGAGCAGAGCUACACUCGUCCCGUAGGGGGGAUUGUCACUGUCAAGAGCGAGAUGGGCGAACCAAUUCAUAAAGUCGCAACCCGAGGUGUACUACUGUGGAAGGAAAUGGACGACAAGAUCUUCAGUCUGGUCGACAAGUCCAAGAGACGCGAAAAGCUCCGAGAAUUGAAGCCAUACAUUAUCCAGAGACUGAAUGACGAUUUCCAAAAAGUCUGGUUCGGGCGCGAUGACCUUGGAAACGUGGUAGAUCUCGACGACAUGACCUAUGCCGAAGUACUCCGACGGCUCGUCCAACUGCUCUACGUCCCCAAGGAAUCACGGUGGAUCGACUCGAGCUACAUUCAACUGGCGGCAGACUUUGUAAGGCGCAUGUACAGCCGCCUGCUUCGGACCAUUCCGCCACUCGAAGCCAACUUUGGCUUACACAACCCCUUACUGGCGGUGCCAGAAAUUCUCUCCCGCUGUCCCAAGGCGGAAAAACAAGUCAUCAGCUACAGCGACGGGCGAUACUUUCUGCUGCUGUGUAAACGCCAGGGCCAGAAGCCGCCCACCUUUUUGCCAGAUAUGGACGAUGACUUUGAAUAUUGGUUCAAAAAGGACUCCCUCUGGCAAUCCGAAGACUUGGCUGCGGUUGUGGGUGAGGAUGCCGGCCGGACGUGCAUCCUGCAGGGCCCCGUAGCAGCAAAGUACUCGACACGAGUCGAUGAGCCAGUUGGCGAAAUCCUCGACUCGAUUAACCGCGCUCAUGUCGCGGCUGUUCUCAAAGACCGCUAUGGCGACGAUGCUAGCCAAGUCCCACCGGAACUGUCGAGCUCGACCGGUCCGUGGAAUGCUUCCUUGACCCCUUCUCAUUGCCUUGUCCACAAACAAGGCAAAAGGGCGCACUUUCACAUCGCCAGCUCCAUCGAGAGUGGCCACUGUCCCGAUACUGACCAAUGGCUGAGAGCGCUUGCUGGACGUCCUGGUACCUGGCUCUACGCCUUGCUUACCGCAAAGCACGUCUCGCAAGGAUUCAGGCUCGUCGCCAAUCCCGUUCGCAGAGCGCUUUCGCCUGCCUUGGGCAUGCACGUCGAGGUCACGGAGGCCAACGACCCUGAAGAUUUGGCCAUGGCUGUUUUCCACCCGGAGACGGAGAGUACAGCGUCUUGUCUCUCAAGGUACUCCAUGCUAAUACGCAAGAAGAGAGACAUCCUUGUGACGUUCUAUUGCAAUGAGACUGCCGAACAAGUCACCCUGCCGCUGACAUUCAAAUUCACCUACCAUCCGGAUAUGCCACUGCAUCCAAUCCAUGAGAUCAUGGAGGGCCGUAAAGAUAGACUACGCACUUUCUACUACCGGUUAUGGUUUGGCCCAGAGAGGGAUCCUCGCCCUUGCUCUCCGCAGCGGAUCCGCAACGACGAACGACGCCCUUUGCGUCCAUGUGAUGGCAGCGUCACGAGUCUGGAGCCCAAGCCGUCAAUCCCCUCUGUUGCUGGUGACGCGCUUGAAUCCCACCGCAAAGAUUCCACCUCAUGUCCGGAUUUCCAUUUGAAUACAGCCAGCCCCGGAGACUGGAAAUUCAGAGGACGCGGGCUCACAAUCUCUUCGUCUGCAAUAGAAGCCUUUCGGAACGGCAUCGAACCGGCACACAACGCAAUGUCGUCAUGGGCAGACAGGAACACAGCCCCGCUUGACUUUGCGAUAGUGGUGGCAUGGGAAGCCAUGAUGAAAGCCAUCUUACCGAGCGCCAUCGACGGAGACUUGCUGAACCUAGUCCACCUAUCAAACAAGUUCAGAGUCCUCAAUGAUGGCGCUCCGUUGUGCGACGGAGACGAUACCGACACGACGGCACAUGUUGUGGCGAUCCGUAAUGAAGCACCCGGACGCGUGGUCGAGGUUGGUGCUAUUGUCGAAAGGCGAGGCACUCCGGUAGUGGAAUUAGUCUCCGAGUUUCUCUUCCGAGGCAGCUACACUGACUUUGGCGUAUGCUUUGAAAAAAAGACUGAGCCCAAAAUGUGCAUUUCUCUGGACAGCCCGGCCAAGAUUGCCGUCCUGGCGAGCAAAGAGUGGAUCCGGUUUGUUGAGCCCAAGAUGGACCUCCUUGGCCUCACCAUCAUCUUCGAGCUCAAGAGCCUCAACCGUCUCGGACCAGACUCGGGCUAUCGCAGCGUUCAGACGAUUGGUCAGGUCUACAGCGAGCAUGCAGUCACGAAGUCGCGCCACGUGGUGGCGACUGUGAACUGCCAGUGCGGCAAGACGGCCAACAACCCGGUCAUGGACUAUCUGAAGCGCCACGCGUCUCCUGUCGACGUGCUUCAUGGCUUGAAUCACCCGCAGCCGCUUGGCGAACGGGGCUGGCUCCGACUAACUAUGCCGGCAACCAAUGACGCUUACGCUCGCGCAUCUCGAGACUUGAAUCCCAUCCAUACGUCACGACCGUUGGCCAAAUACGCCGACCUGCCAGGCACAAUCACCCACGGCAUGUUUACGAGUGCCGCCGUCCGGCAACUGGUAGAGAAGGCCGCCGGGGCCAGCGAAAAGGUCCGUAUGCGGUCCUACAGAGCCUCGUUCGUUGACAUGGUCCUUCCGGGUGAUGUCCUGGAAGUCAGCGUCAGCCACGUAGCCAUGAAGAACGGUCUGCGCGUGCUGUCGUUUGAGGCUGUCAACGCGAGCACGGGGGACAAGGUACUCGUCGGCGAGGCAGAAGUCGACCAGCUGCUUUCGGCAUACGUCUUCACGGGGCAAGGGAGUCAAACGCCGGGCAUGGGCAUGGAUCUUUGCGCGACUUGUCACGUUGCCCGAGGGGUCUGGGAUGCCGCCGACAAGUUCUACUCGGAAACGUACGGGUUCCGCAUCAGCGACAUUGUCAAGCACAACCCGAAGCAGCUGACCAUCUACUUUGGUGGCAGACGUGGCCGCAAGGUCCGGCAGAACUACAUGGACAUGACGGUUGAGUGCCAUGGCCAGUCACAGCCAUUGUUCAAGUCGAUAACGCCGACAACGGCCAAACACACAUUCCAGCAUAGCGCGGGCUUGCUCUUUAGCACCGAGUUUGCACAGCCGGCCCUCAGCGUCUUGGGGCAUGCGCAGUUCCUCCACCUCAAGGCCAAGGGCCUCGUCGACCCAAGUGCCCUCUUUGCCGGCCACUCGCUGGGCGAAUACACGGCCCUGAGCACCAUCGGGUCCAUAAUGCCGUUUGAAAAAGUUCUUUCUGUCGUCUUCUACCGUGGCCUGACAAUGCAGUCCGCCGUGGCCCGCGACGCCCAUGGCCGCUCCAACUUUUCGCUCAUGGCGGUUGAUCCGGGUCGUGUUAGUCGAAGCAUGGCCACCGAGUCCCUGCAGGCCCUCGUUGCCGCCGUCGCCGCUACUACCGGCGGUUUGCUCGAGGUGGUCAACUACAAUGUCGCCGGGCAGCAGUACGUCGUGGCCGGGACGCUCGCUUCGCUCGACUGCUUAACACACGUCGCCAAUCACAUGGCCAGUCACCCAGCCGACUUUGAGGCAAACUAUGCUGCCAACAUCCAGAAUCUCGUUGCCGCCUGCGCAGCACAGGCGACCAAGAAGCCGUUGCCUAUACGGCUCGAGCGCGGCAUCGCCACCAUCCCGCUCGAGGGCAUCGACGUGCCCUUUCACAGCAGUUUCCUGCUUUCCAUGAUGCCGGCGUUCCGGCGCGUGCUGCAGCGAUACAUUACACCAGAGGCAAUUGAUGCCCGGCGGCUCGUAGACAAGUAUGUGAGCAAUGUGACGGGCAAGACGUUUGAUAUUUCGUAUGGAGCGGUGCAGGAGGCGUAUGAGCGGACGGGCAGCGAGGUGUUGAGGGAUUUGUUGAAGGAAUUGGAAGAGAGCCAUGGUUGA